CUCUUCACUACAACGCGCAUGCGCGUACACUGAGCACUUUCACUUUCACAAUUUCAGGCGGUUAGAUUUGAAUCCGGGGACAAAAUGUCGGAGCGUGGAUUCUUACGUUUUCUUUGUGCCGUGGGAUUCUUUCUCAAAGGUCAAACCGCUCUGGUCCAAUCACAGCACACUGUGAUGGCGGCCGUCGGAGACAGCGCCUGCUUGACCUGUCGGCUGAUGCAGUUUAAAGAUGUCCUGCAGGUCACGUGGGAGAAAAUCUUACCGGAGGGGAAGAAGAAUCUCGCCACUUCCACCAAAUACUUUGGUCAGAAAGUGAGCCGUGAAUUUAAAGGAAGAGUGGAGUUUAAAGAUAUCGACCUGCACAACAGCUCCAUAGUAAUCAUGAACGUGACGGACCAAGAUAAAGGAUGCUACCGCUGUUUGUUUAACACCUACCCUGAUGGUGCUCUCACUGGGACAACAUGCCUCCAUCUCUACGAGCUGCGUGAAGUCUUUCUACAUGUCAGAGAAUCACACGCUGCUGAAGAGGUGGUUGUGUCCUGCUCAGCCACAGGUCGACCUGCUCCCACGGUAACACUGACUGUCCCUCACUACAACUCCACCAGCUCCACCAACGCCAACGGCACCGUCACCGUCACCGCCACAGCUGUGCUGCCUCGUCUCCGCGUCAACAGCUCGCGGGUUGGAUGUGCAGUGCGAGUGCUCUCUGGUCCUGAAACAGUCGUGUCUGAGGUGGUUCCUGAGGUCAAGCAGUCGCCCGCUGAUGGUGAUGAUGUGGAAUCUGGAUCUCAUCACAGAUGGACCAUUGGGGAGGUGGGGGUCGGGGUCGGGGUCUGCGUUGCUGCUGCUGCUGGUGCUGCUGCUGCUGUUACCUUCAUGGUCUGCUGGUACCAGAAGAGACAAAAUCCACAAAGGAAAACGUCGGACCUUCUCACAUCCAUACGUGUGAGAUCCUAUGAGAACAAUAAAGACAUUCAGGAGCCCAGAACACCUUUCAUGAAUCCAGAGAACAAACCACGGCUACGGACGUCUACUGCAAAGGAUAAAAACAGCUCGCACCCAAAAUCAUCUGUGAAAGGAAAAACUCUUGUUUUUUUAGUACCACAGGAUAACCCACAAGAUUGAAGAGCCAAAACAAAUGCUGCGGAAAAGUCCUGAAAUCCUGAUAGAGAACUUGUCUUUACAGUAUUCAUGUUUAUGGAUAAUAAUUACAGCGGAUCAAAAGGAUUCAUGUUUACAGUAGUUUAGUUUUUUUUAAAUAAUAGUUUUCUAAUAAUUCUCUGAUGCAUUUGUCUUUCAUAGUUGCAGUUUUUAUUGUUAUACUUGUUCUUUUUGUAUUAUUUCUUUUGAUAUAAAAAUAAUUUUGAUCAACAUGAA